AUGGCUCCCAAGACUUUUACCCUCUCGGCCGCUCUGUGCCUCGUCCUGGCUGUUGGUCCCUCGACCGUUCUCUCCGCACCCGGGCUGCCUGACCUUGGACUUCCCAUUCCCAAGCUGCCUCUCCCAGCACUGCCUGUUCCAGCCCUUCCAGCUGGCUCUCCUCACCAUGGCGAGGUGCCUUCCACUGGAAACACCGAGAAGGGUGCCGGCGGUGGCUUCACUGUUGGCAUUCCCGAUGGACCUGGUGUCUCCUUCGGAGGCGGUGCCCAUGAAGAGACCCACGGCCCCUGUGGCCCUGGUGUCAGCUCCCAGCGUGGCGCCGGUGGCGGCUUUGCUGUUGGUCUCCCUGAAGGACCUAGCGCUCUCUUUGGCGGAGGUGCACACGAGGCUCACCAGGCCUACCCAUGCCCUGAGGUUGCUGAACCUGCACCUGCUCCAGAGACUGUUGAUGAACCUGCACCUGCCCCCGCCCCAGAGACUGUUGCUGAGCCUACUCCCGAGUGGACUCACCCUUCCCCAGCAUGGACCCAUCCCGCACCUGAGUGGACUGACGCGCCUGAGUCUGUUCCUGCCUCGAGCGAUGUGCCUGAGCCCAUCGCUGCUCACGAGCCCAUCGCUACUCCCUGGCCCACCGCUGCUCCCCAGUCUGCUUCCCCCGAGCCUCCCACUGAAUGGACUGAAUCUAGCCCUGUAUCUCGCCCUGAGUCUACCCCCGCUUGGACUCCCAAGCCCAAUGGAGACGCUUUGCUUGAGUCCGCCACUGAGCCCGCCACUGAGCCCGCCACUGAGCCUGCUGUCCAAACCAUUCUCGCCCCCGAGCCUGAAGCCUCCAGCUAUGUGCCUGUGAUCCUCCCCCCAUCCUUCACCACCCCCAGCUGGAUUCCCACCAUCACCACCGCACCCAUCAGUGUGACUCCUACCCCCACCCCAGCUGUCUACUCGACACCCUUCAUCUCUCGUCCUGCUACCCACACUGCCGCAACCGCAGUGUCAGUUCCAGCCUUCAAUGCCGGCUCAACCAUGACCCCCAGCUCAAUGAUCGUGGCUCUAGCCCUAACCCUCAUGGUAGGCAUCUUCUGCUGA